CCUGUUCAGAGUCUCUGGGUCCUGUCUGGAUGCUUUGGGCGUCCUUGAUGCUCAGUCGUCCUGAUUCCCUCCCCCUUGAGCUGAUCGGCCCAGAGUGUAGACAUUAGGCCCUUAGUGGCUUCGCAGAGGCCUCGAGAGCAGGAACCUUGAGGCCCAGAAUCCUCUGGACACCGACCUCCCACAUGAGAACAGAGAAGCUGGGUCAGAGGUUGUGGCUGCGGGAGAACUCUGUGGCCCAGCGUGUGACUCCUCUGAGGCCCCUGCCCCUAGGCCCUUACGGCGCCAACGUGGAGGACAGCGUCUGCUGCCGCGACCACAUCCGUCACCCCGUGCCCGGGCGAAUGGUGAAAUACUACUAUUGGACUUCAGACUCCUGCCGGAGGCCCGGCGUCGUCCUGCUAACCCUCAGGGGCCGGGAGAUCUGCGCUGACCCCAGACAGCCCUGGGUGAAGAAGAUUCUCCAGAAGCUGGACAAGUGAGGAAGGGCCCUGCCUGAUGACGCGGCCUUGGCCCCCCCAGGAAGACUAACGGUCCUGCCUCCCUGCCAUCGCAGCCGCUCCGCAGCACGAGCCCGUGCCAGGGCCUCUCCCUGCAGCCCCUGCUCUCCGUCCCGGCAACUGUCACCUCAGCCCAGCCUCCACACUGUCCCUUGCAUCUCCCCUUCCCCUCCAACCCAUCCUCUGUCCCAGGUAGCCCGAGGGUCCACAGUCCUGCUCAGUCACUCCCCUACUCCAACCCUUCCAUGGCUCCCAUUGCCCUAGGCUGAGGUCAGAGCCCCUGAGCCUGGCAUCCCUGCCCCCUGGAUCUGGGCCCCAUCCCUGUCUCUGGCCCUCCCCCAUUUCCCUUCAUACAUACUGGACUCCAACUCCCUGUUCUCCAAACCUGCACAUUUCCACUUCUGGGUCUUCUCCCAGGCUGCCCCUGACACCUGGAAUGUUCCCUGUCACCCACACAUGUCCAACCCCACCAGCCCUCCAAGGCAUGGCUCAGCCUAAGCGGCCAGUGGUUGAGUUUCUUUUUGUUUUUCUUUC